GGCAGGGGUUUGGGGGUGUAAAAAGUAUCAGACAGAAAGGAUUUUUUUUAUCAUUUAUGUGUUUGGAUGAAGCUGAAAGCUGCCAGAUAGCUUCUUUUCGACAGCUUGGAGUUACUGUUGGGAACAGAUCCAUGUAUGGAAGCAAAAGCAGAAAAGCACAGAUAAGCUGAGAUCCAGCUAUGCAAACCAUGUUUAGAGACACUUAAAGGACAAGCAUCCUAACUCCUUUCUUUCUGGUAAAUUUAGAGAAGCUAUCAUAUGAGAUCUUUUUUUCCAUUCCUCUGUACACACAACUGCUGAGACUUGACAGAGGUUGGAAAACACUUGGAAGCUGGCCAGAGAAAGCUACCAUGUUGAAAUUAAGUAACUCCUCCACCUUCCCUUCAGGCUUUCAUCUUUUCAGUAUUGUGGCACUUCUGUUGUUCCAUGUGGACAAAGUGCUGGCAGAAAACCCAAGUGAAGAGCCUGCCAAUAAAUCAGAAUGUACUGGUUCAUAUAUUUGCAAGAAGGGCAUCAUUUUACCAAUAUGGGAGCCCCAAGACCCUUCAUUUGGUGAUAAAAUUGCGAGAGCUACAGUGUAUUUUGUAGCUAUGGUCUAUAUGUUCCUAGGGGUAUCCAUCAUUGCUGACCGCUUCAUGUCCUCUAUAGAAGUCAUUACAUCUCAGGAAAGGGAGAUAACAAUCAAGAAGCCCAAUGGUGAGACGAGCAAAACCACAGUGAGGAUUUGGAAUGAGACUGUUUCCAACUUAACAUUGAUGGCUCUGGGUUCUUCAGCACCUGAGAUUCUUCUUUCUGUUAUAGAAGUGUGUGGUCAUGGUUUCACAGCAGGGGAUCUUGGGCCCAGCACCAUUGUGGGAAGUGCUGCUUUUAACAUGUUCAUCAUCAUAGCAAUUUGCGUCUACGUGGUCCCUGAUGGUGAGAUAAGGAAGAUUAAGCACCUACGAGUGUUUUUUGUUACAGCAGCUUGGAGCAUCUUUGCCUAUACUUGGCUUUACAUUAUUUUAUCUGUCUCAUCUCCUGGGAUUGUGGAUGUCUGGGAAGGCUUGCUUACUUUUUUCUUCUUUCCCAUCUGUGUGGUGUUUGCAUGGGUGGCAGACAGAAGGCUUUUAUUUUACAAGUACGUCUACAAGAGGUAUAGGGCAGGCAAGCAGAGAGGCAUGAUCAUUGAACAUGAAGGCGAUAGGCCAUCAUCCAAAGCUGACAUUGAAAUGGAUGGAAAAGUGAUUAAUUCCCAUGUAGAGAACUUCUUGGAUGGUACUCUGGUUCUAGAAGUUGAUGAGAAGGACCAAGAUGAUGAGGAAGCCAGGAGGGAAAUGGCUCGGAUCCUGAAGGAGCUGAAGCAGAAACACCCUGACAAAGAAAUAGAACAACUAAUUGAGCUAGCCAACUAUCAAGUCCUGAGUCAACAGCAGAAGAGUCGAGCCUUUUAUCGUAUUCAGGCCACGCGAUUAAUGACUGGAGCGGGCAACAUCCUGAAGAGGCAUGCUGCUGACCAAGCUCGGAAAGCAGUCAGCAUGCAUGAGGUCAACAGUGAGGUGGCGGAAAAUGACCCCAUCAGUAAGAUUUGCUUUGAGCAGGGCACCUACCAGUGUCUAGAGAACUGUGGCACGGUUGCACUGACCCUCGUUCGGCGGGGUGGCGAUCUGACUAACACAGUGUAUGUUGACUUCCGAACAGAAGAUGGCACAGCCAAUGCUGGAUCUGACUAUGAGUUUACUGAAGGGACUGUGGUUUUCAAACCAGGGGAGACGCAGAAAGAAAUCCGAGUCGGCAUAAUCGAUGAUGAUAUCUUUGAGGAGGAUGAGAACUUUCUUGUUCACCUCAGCAAUGUGAGGGUAAGCUCCGAAGCCUUGGAUGAGGGCAUUCUGGAAGCCAACCAUGUAGCAACGUUGGCCUGCCUGGGAUCCCCCUCUACUGCCACAGUGACCAUCUUUGAUGAUGAUCAUGCUGGCAUCUUUACCUUUGAGGAGCCUGUCACUCAUAUCAGUGAGAGUGUUGGAACCAUGGAAGUGAAAGUGCUAAGAACAUCUGGAGCCCGAGGAAAUGUUAUCGUGCCCUACAAAACCAUUGAAGGCUCAGCCAAAGGUGGAGGAGAGGACUUUGAGGAUACUUGUGGAGAGCUUGAAUUCCAGAAUGACGAGAUUGUAUGGCCCAUUAAAUGAUACUGCCACCACAUAUCCAAACAGCAUCCAACCAUGGAGAAUGAUGAGGGUAUUUGGGAAGCAAUAAGGAAGAUAAAUCAACAGAAGCCAGUUCAUUAUGCACUCUGAGUAGAACACACUUGCUAGUUGCAUUUGUCCUGUAGUAAGAUGGAUGGAAGCUCCCCAACUCUCCUAAUUAUGUACACUCCUAGGAUUGCCUGCAAUGUGACUAGACAUGACGUGCUACUAUGCAGGCAGUCCUGAAAGCCUGGUGAAGACUUGGAAUAAAUAGUCAUGGAAUAAAAAAAGAAAUGGUGUGAAUGGCUUCCCAACCCCAGGUAACUGUGAGACAGAGCAGCCCACAAACUGGUCAGCCCAAAGUGUGCAAAUCAGACCAAAGCAUUUUCCUGUCCUGCUCCACCCUGCAUAGAAACUCCCACUUCUCUUGGUGCCAUUCACAGAUUGAGUCCAACACACUUCUCCGUAGGCUGGCAGUCCCCAGAAGCUAACAUGUCCAAUGCAAUUUAGAUUUAGCAAGCUGCAGACGAAAGCAUACUGGAAAGGCAAGCAUACAGAUUCACACUGCAGAUGUUUCUGUCAGAGACCAUGCCAAGAUGCUGGUGACCAGCUGUUAAUCAUCAGGUGCUGAUCUUGCAUCCCAACACACCCCUUUCACCAUGUGCACUGGUCUGGUCAACCUGGUGCCUGUGAACAUGGGCUAAAUUAGAUAUGGUAUGGGGAGGGCUCACCUGGAAGCUUAAAACCCCAGCAGGUGGUCUUCAGUUGUUAACCCCUUUGUUUCCCUCAAGGCCACAUACUUCCUCAACUCUACCCUUAAAAUGUGUAGAGACAGAAGACGUCUCACAUGCCUAACGUUGUUUUGGAUCCAUAGCCCAAAAAUUGUCAGUGUCAUGGAUGCACUGGAGGAACAUUCUAAUACAGAGCUGUCAAACUUGUCUGGUCCCACAGGCCAAAAUAGCAGAGCAGAUCCAUGGGCCAGAUGGGUGGCACAAAGCCAGCCCCAUGGGCUAGCCCACAGAACACUGCCUUCCUCACCACUGAAUCCAGCCAGCACCUGCUUGGGCUGGUCUGGGACCCAGCAGGAAAAAGCCUGGCAUUACGAGCACUUGGCUGCAGCAGUGUGAACAAACUGCAAUGCCAGGCUUCUUCCUACAGUGCUGCCAGAUCUCCAGUGUCCCAGGUCUCGCCCAGGUGCUUGGCUGCUGCUGCAGGAAGGUUACCCAUCAAGGCUGUGGGCUGGAUAACCCAGCUGUGUGGCCCGAAUCUGGUCCGUGGGCUGUAUGUUUGACACCCAUGUUUUAAGGUUUCUCUGGCUCCCAUGAAGGUAGGUGAGAUGGGGAGGCCUUGAAUGUCUUGGAGGCAUUGGCCAUUAGAGGAUGGCUCAGGAGAGGGGGCUCCUGUGAGCAGAGGGGAAACGGAGGUCUCCGGCUGAGGGAGCUAGCUGACUGAGGGAGUUUGACCAUGGGAGAUUUUCACAGAAGUUUUUAUGAGGGCUAGGUGCUAGUCUGAAUGUAUUGUAAGGAUUUUGUUAGUUUUGUUUUACCAUGGUCUGUUGUCAAAGCUUUUGAACACUUUUUCUUUUUUUAUACUAUCUGGCCUUCCUUGUAAUAA